AUGCAAGUGGCUGGCAACAACUAAGGUUUGUCUCAGCACGAAAUCGACUACAACAGAAAUAAGACAUUGGAAGAGCUUAAGAACAAGCCAAGAAUUAAACUUGACUUCUUGAAUGCAUUUGGAAUGUAUACAGGGUCAUAAACGCACGAUAUUUAAAACUGUCUGAGCUUUUUAGAGGAAGCUGAUUCCUCUCGCUUAGUCCUUACAUAUCCAGUGGGCAGAUAAAUCGGAGUUAGAGAUCUGAAGACAAAUGAGAUGAAAUUUAUAAGACAGCAUGAAAAUCUCAAGGAGAUAACUGCCCUUUGUCUGUCUCCCAAUAAGAAAUUCUUGGCUUCAUGCGAAGUACAAAGAGACGAUAAGAGUGCCUAUAUCACUUUUUACGAUAUGAAGAGCACCUUCUUUAAGAACACUUAAAAUCACAUUAACGUUUGCGAGGGCUAGACCCCUACCAACCAGAGAUACAUUACCUCCAUAGUAUUCUCAAAUGACUCUAAGUAUGUGGCUUGCCUGCUUAAUGUGCCAGACUGCAAGGUCUUAAUCUAUGAGUGGUUCAAGAAAAACAGAGUGAUUGCCAGCUAUGACUUCCACAAGACUGAGAUUUGCAAGAUUACUUUUCAUCCCAAAGACAAUCACAAAGUCAUCACAAGUGGAAAUGGGGUUCUAUAGAUAUUCAGUAUGACUGAGGGUACUUUGAAGUAGCUUUAGGAGUUCAAGGGGAUACCUACUCCGUCUAAGAUGGAUGAGCUUCUGACAUUUGUGGACCACACUUGGAGCUAUCCAGAUGAAGAUCAUUUGAUCGUUUGUAGUAAGACUGGAGACCUCUUUGUCAUUGAGAACUUUGAUGUAGUUCAGACACUGCCCUUUGAUGCAAAAGCGCAAUAUACUCAGCUAAGAUCAUUUACCGGAGGAUUUGUAGCAGCAACUGAGGAUGGCAUCCUUCAUUUUUACAAGCAGCUGCCUGAGCCUAAUGAUAAAGGCAACAAUAAGUAUCCUAGAUUUGAAUUCGUGAAGAAAUGGACUUGCGACUCUCUUAGGAACUACAAAAUAGUCAGUUUGGCUAUCUACGAAAUUAAUAAGGACACUGAAAUAUUCUUAGCAGUUGCCACUAAAAAUCAAAACAUAGUCUAUCUGAAUAUGAUGAGAUAAUUCUACACUAGUCCAAACGCAAAGACUGAUAUUUACGGCAACCCAAUAAAUGCAGAUGAAGAUUACCUCCCCACUGAUGAGAUAUAGUUUGACACAGUAGCUAAGGGCUUUCAUUCAGGUCCAAUCACUUGCAUGGAUAUUUCAAUCCAAAGACCUAUCCUAGUCACAGCUUCGAGAGAAGAUAGCACUAUUAGAUUCUGGAACUACUACACUGGAUAAUGCGAACUGUCCAGAAGAUAUUUCGUGCUUGAGAAGGAAAAAGACUAAGACAAACUUCGUGAUCAAGCAAAGCCACUUCUGACUGUCACUCUGCAUCCAUCAGGCUACUAUAUGGCAGCAGGUUUUAUGGACAAGGUAAGAAUUAUGCAUGUGCUUCAUGACGAGCUGAGAGAGUUUAGAACUCUUGAGAUCAAGAACUGCAACAAGAUGAAGUUCAGUAAUGGUGGUCAGUUCCUUGCACUCACUGACUAGAAGAAGAUCUACAUCUAUGCUAGUUAUACAGUUGAGAAUAUGCUCCCAGGAAACAAGCCUAUACAGUGUCCAUCACAAUUUAUCUCAGAUAUAGCAUUCAAUACCUAAGACACUUGCAUGGUUAUUGUUUCCAAUGACGGCUUCCUCUAUAGAUAUGACCUGCUAAGCUUUACUAAAAAAGGUGACGGUACAAUUGAUAGGAACUGUGACUUCAAGGCUUGUCUGUUCUUAAAUGAUCCUAGCGAUGAGUACAAGGUGCUGGCAGUGGGUUCUGACAUCUAAAGGUCUAUGUUUAAGAUAUACAAUCACAAGGAAGAUCUGCAGUUGAAUGUCAUUUCCAAUAACGACCCUGGUGCUGUUGGCUUUACUAGAAAAUACUCUGAAGUUAGACAUAUAAAGUCAUUUGUGACUGGUAUUGAAAAUCUAAUAGUAGGUACUGAUAGAGGUCAGAUCAAGGUAUUCACUAUGCCUCCUCAUAUUAACCAGGACAUGUGUUUUGAUACAUUCAACGCUCAUCUAGGCGAAGUCACUCGUAUUCUGGUUUCUCCAGAUGGCAGAUAUGUCUUCUCAGCCGGUGCAGACGGCACAAUAUUUGUGUACUCUGUUACAGAGUAUGCUAAUGAUCAAACAAUUGUAAAGCAGGAGGUGAAUGUGUCAAAUGCCAAGGAUGAACAGCUGAGAUUAGAAAUGGCAGAUCCUAAGAGUGGAUUUAAUUAGCUUCAGCUGGUAGUUGAUGAGCAACUAGCAUCAAUAGUGCUUGUUAAAAAAUCAGUUAUGGAGUAAUGGAGAAAGAAGCAAGAAUAACUGAGAGAAGAAAUGGAGGAGGAAAAGACCAAAGUAGACACCUCACUGAAAUAAGAGAAGUACAGAUAUGAGCAGUAGAUUGAUCAGAUGCAGAAGACUAAGAGUGAUUAGUUGAAUGACUUGAACAAGAGAUACGAGGACCUCUAGAUGCAAGAAGCUGAGCAGAAAGAUGAGAACACUUAAACCAUGAAGAAAAUGGAGUUGAAUCAUCUAUAGUGCAUGGAAGAGCUACAGACACUUUACGAGAAGAAGUUGGCUAUUGAAAAUCAGAACUAUACAAGAUUGGAGAAAGAGAAAGGCGAGAAGAGGGCUGAAUAUGAGAAUCAAAUAAAGAUGCUCCAAAGGCAAAAUGAGGAAGCUAUCGAGAAGCUGCUAAAUGAGUUUAAGAACAAUCUAGGCAAGGUACAAGAUGAGUAUGAAGAUAGCAAAAGGACUGCAGAUGGAUUGAAGACUAUGUAUGAGGAAAAACUUACUCAGCAAGAAGAUGAGCAUGAGGCUGAGAUCAGUGAACUUAAGGCUCUCUACAAAUAAGAAUAGGAGAAGCUUGAAGACGUGAUCGGCACUUUGAAGAACGAUAUUGAGACUAUCAAGAGAUAAAUCAAGAGAAUCCAAGAUGAAAGAGAUCAAUUCACCAAUCUCAAGGAAAAAGCUAGCAAGAAAAAGAAGAAGCUCAAGGAGUUAUUAGAAGAGAAGAAAGUGCUGAUAAAGUAAUUAGAGGAGGAAAAGAAAGAAGUACAGGAGAAGCUGAAGAAAAAGGAGACUGAGCUAUACAAAUAUAAGUUCAAGAUCAAGGACUUGCAAAAGACUAAGUAGGUAUUGACUCAUAGAACUCAAGAGAUGAAAUCCAGUCUGGAGCCUAAGGAACAGUAAAUUGAGAAUCUCAAGGAGCAGUUGCUAGACUUGGAAAAGGUGUUUGAGAAGUAAUCUAAGGCUAUGCAGAAUCUGAAGGAUGACGUAGAUAGGAGGCAAGAUAAGAUAGACGAGCUUAUCAAUCAUGUCAUGAAGGAAAAGAACCAGACCAAGCAGAAGGAAAAGACUAUUCAAAGUUUCGUCAAUGACAUUCAUAAGAUAGUGCAGUAGAAAGACGAGAAGAGCUACGUUACUGGUUUGAUGCGCAUAUAUGAGCAUUAUGUCAAGAAAUACUCAGAUGAGAUACUUGAAAAGAAAAAGAAAGAUCCCGAGACUAUAGAAGAAUUAGACAGACAACUUAAGUAUAUGGAGAAAUCUAUAGGUACUCUAAAGCAAAACACCAGCAAGAAUGAGUCAAACACCAAGAUAAACAUCAAGAAGAAGACUAAGGAAAAUACUGAGUUGAUCCAUGAACUUAACGAGUUGAGGGUGAAGAAGAGGGAACUCGAGAAUGAAUUAGAAGCGAAGAGUCUCACCAUACAGAAGUUGAAGCUUGAGAAGACGAGAAGAGAGCGUGAGCACGAAAAGAGGAUGCAGAGUCACUCUACUAGUAUGAUGCAUGGAGGAAUGAGAAGUGGACAGAAAGGAGGUAACCAAGACGAAAUGGGCUAAUACUAUACCAGACCAAGAAGUGGGUCUAUUAAGGAGGAAGUUAUUGGGCUGUCACAAUCACUUAAAGUCAACAGUAUGGAUAUUAUUAGUUGUAAUUGUAAUAAUAUAGAUAAGGGAAAGAUAUUUAAGGGCACACCAUUUAACUAUCUCAAGGGAUCUGUAGAGGACAAAUCUAGAAUUUAAGAAUUGACUGUAAGUUAUUCCUACUUUUUAAACAUCCUUUUAUAGUAAGGACUUGAGGACAACAACUAGUAGAUUCUUUUAUAAAAACUAGAAGUAAGAAGUUUAAAGGACUAGAUCAUUAGACUACUUGAAGAGAGAGGAGGCUUCUCUGAUGCAACAGCCGUAAAUCAGAAUCUAUAUAACACUGCUGAGAAUAAUAACAGCACUAACGUCAACAACCCCUAUAUUGUAGGAGCCUCACCAUCUAACAAUCCUAAUAUGGGAAGUUCUAAUUCAAAUAUGAGAAUCGGAUAGAAGAUGAACAAGGAUAAGGAGAGUUUCCUGCCAAGAGUUGAUUCUAAAUAGAAAUUCUGA